AUGCAGCACUUGAUCAUCGACAACGGGCUGUAUGAGAUCAAGGCGGGGUUUCUGAGUGCCGAUACCCCUCUCAAAGUGCAAAACACCGUGGCCAAAACCCGUGACGGUGUCAUCUAUGUGGGUAAUGACUUCCUUACCAAUAAUAAUAACUACCUGGGAAUCAUGCUUAAACGACCGUUUUCUCAAGGCCAUUUGACGCUGUGGGAGACGGAGAAACCAGUUUGGGAUUAUACAUUACAGAAGCUUGGUGGUGCUGAUAAAAAGGGCGUUGAUCCGUCGCAAACACACCUUAUAUUGACGGAGCCACCGUUUCAACUUCCACAGCUCUCAAUCAAUACCGACCAGAUUGUAUUUGAAGAGUAUGGGUUUAAUGAGUAUUUCCGGUGUAUCCCACCGCUUUUGGUGCCGUGGGUAGCUGAAGCAAACGAUUUCUACUUAGUGGUGGAUAGUGGCCACGACGCCACCUGGGUGGUGCCGAUGAUCUACCAAAGUGUCCACUGGGAAGGGGUACGCAAAUUACCGGUGGGGGGUAAGCUAUUAGCGGGAUUACUAGCUGAAACAAUCAGUUUCCGCCACUAUGACGUCAGUGAGGAACCAGUGCUUGUCAAUACCAUCAAAGAGCAAACAUGUUUUAUCGCUCCUGAAGGUAAAUUCCAGGACUACCUAAAGAACAAACUGAAAUACGAGUGUGAAUUUAUCCUCCCUGAUUUUAAAACGACCACUACCGGCUAUGUCCGUACUCCCAAGACGAAAAUCACCGCUGAUACCCAAAUCUUAAAGCUUUACGACGAACGAUUCACCGUACCGGAACUGUACUACCACCCAGAGAUAAUAUUCGAUAACCACCGAGCUACGGCUCACCUGGCUCUACUCCAACAAACCCCGUUUAAAAACCUCGCUGAUUUAAUUGUCGAAGCAGUAAUGGCUCUGCCUAAAGUCACCAGGCCAAUGCUUGUGGCCAAUAUCUGUAUUGUCGGUGGUCUGACAAAAUUCCCCGGGUUUGAUGCUCGGUUGAAAGCUGAGCUCGAGAAGGAAUUACCCCAACAAUGGCACCUACAGUUUAGGGACGUCGAAGAUACUGGUCGUGAGGAAGUAGCGUGGGUUGGUGGAGCUAACUUAGCCGAUAGCGAUGUCCUCGAUAAAGUGCUGAUUCUGAAAAAGGAGUACUUUGAGCACGGGCUGAACUGGUGCCAGAAACAGUUUGGGUUUAAGAACUUGACCUAA